GAGAGAGAGAGAGAGAGAGAGAGAGAGCUCUCAAGAGGGAUAUGGGAGAGGAGAAGGGGAAGGAGGUGAUGAAGAUCUGUGAAGAUGGCGAGGAAAAAGGGAGUCAGUCACUGACUCUAGAUCUAAAUGAAGAAGGAGAAAAAUAUCAUGAUGAUGAUGGUGAUGAUGAGGGUAAUACUAGCUCAAGUAGUACAAAUAACAACUUGAACUGCAACAACAAAAAGAGCGGAGUAGACGAAGGGAGUGCUCCGACAGUGAGGCAGUAUAUCAGGUCUAAGAUGCCACGAUUGAGAUGGACUCCUGAGCUCCAUAGUUCUUUUGUUCAUGCAGUGGAAAGGCUUGGUGGCCAAGAAAGAGCCACACCAAAAUUAGUACUUGAGCUGAUGAAUGUGAGGGGGCUUUCUAUUGGUCAUGUAAAGAGUCACUUGCAGUUGUAUCGAAGCAAGAAGCUAGAUGAUUCGGGGCAAGAGAGAUCAGCUAUUUCUUCUGCAUUAUUUUCAAUCCAUAAUUACAAGGGAAGAGGAGAUCAUAAUUACAACAAUGUGCUCUAUGGCGGAGGAGUUUCCGAAAAUAGAGGCCUUUUUCCUGCAAGGAGCAAUAUUCAUUAUUCUGAUCAAUAUUAUAGCCUUUUGCAGCAAUCUCAGCCUAUCCAUCAACCAUUAGAUUUCAUCAAAAACCCCUUCAGACACCAAGAAUUGGCAAGAAUUUGUUCGAUUAAAGAUCAAGGGAAAUUAUCGACAUCGCAUCUUUUCAGUGUUAGAGAUGCAAUUACUGGUAGCAGGAACUCGAUAUCGCCUAAUGGGCCAUUUCAUCAUGACCAAGAAAUGAGAUGGCAGAUUGGAAGUAUAAUUGGAAAGAGAAAUGGAGUUCUUGAUUGGAUUGACGUUAGAUCUAGAGCUUUCUCCAAGAAUGCUCCUCGAAAUUUGUCUGUGGUAACUGGUUCUUUAAGAUGGCAAGAAAGAGGGAACUACAACAACAAUACAAAGAUUCAUUCAAGCUCAAAUGACCCGAUAGUUAUCAAUGAUGCUCUUCAACAUCAAUUUGAGAUGCCAUUUACAUUUGAGACGGAAUUUGAUGAAAUACUCGUCAGAAGAGAGACCCAACCUGGCAUGAAGAAGAUGAGGAUGGAAGAGUACUGUAAAUGGACUCCAAACUUGAACUUAGUAUUGAGCCCUCCAAGUUCAAUGGAAGACGGAGGUAAUGUGAAGAAAUGCGUCGAGGCUGAUCAAGAAGUCAAUAGCGUGCUCUCGCUUUCACUGUCCCCCCCAAAUCCAUUUUCAAGAAAAUCACAAGAACUCCUGUUCUUAGAGAAAGGUAGCAACGAUAAGGCCGCUCCGGGGUUGAGUACUUUAGAUCUGACCAUGUCGAUUAAGGCAUUGGAGUGAGAUCUUUCAAGUACUUGUCUCAAGGCCUUUUAGAAAAUUGUAGAUAAGCUUAGCCAUGAAAUAAGGUUUUAGCCCUUAAUUUGGUUCUUCUAACUAAAUAACCAUUUCAGUUUUAGUGAUCCAUUACUAAUCAGAAAAUACUACGUUGUUAUGAUCAUUAAAUCAAAAUUGUCGUAGCAAUGAGGACU